UUUUUUUGGUUCUUUUUGGUUUUGAUUAAGCCGCGUGCUGCGUGGGCGCUGCAGAUUGUGCGAUCGCUGAAUGUUUUCAAUAUAUGUUUAAUAAUAAACGAACGUUUCACAUUUGAUUAUCGUUGGCAGCGGUUCAUUUGGCCAAACAAAUACAAAUAAAAUAAUAUUUUAAUUGGCCCAACUUGAGCUUGAUAAACUACCUUUUAUUUGUUUAUCAAAAAGUUUUGGGUUAAGCGAAGAACAUCAGAAAAUGCUCUGCGGAAAUGCAAAGGAAACGGAUUUUCCUAAUACAUAGUUAAAGUUUUGUGUUUGCAAUGAAUGCGUAUAUGGCAGAGAUAUCUAUACAUUGGACUUUGUGUAUUGUGCUAUUAUUCACUAUAUGAAUACAUCUGCAAAGAGAUCGUUGUUCAACGAAUAAUUCAAGGGGGCAGCGCGUGUGGGCGUGACAGCUGUUAGCCAAAGUGCAAUUGGAAGCGGCACUGAGAGCAGGAACUGCAAUCGGUAUCUGAAUCAAGAUAUACAAGUGCCCAGGCCCCCACUGCCCCUGGAGGGGCAGACGUAGCGGGGACCUCUAGCAGCGCAGCGAUGACGACGCUGGCAGCGGCAGCAGCAGCAACAACAGCAAUGCCAGUGGAUGCCAUUGCCGCAGCGAAAAUGUUUUCGGAUGCGGAUGUGGCGGAAGUGCGGCACGUUGUGCAACGCAUUUUGGUGCCGUGCGUUUUUGUUAUUGGACUAUUGGGAAAUUCAGUGAGCAUUUAUGUUUUGACGCGGAAGCGCAUGAGGUGCACCACAAAUAUUUAUCUAACGGCUCUGGCAAUUACGGAUAUUGCGUACCUGACCUUUGUAUUAAUUUUAUCUCUCAAACACUACGAAUAUAUCAAAUACCAUUGCGAGCUAUAUUGGCGCCUCUAUGGAUUCAUAAUGUGGUUAUGCGAUGCCUGCGCAUACAUCUCAAUUUACAUAGCCGUGUGCUUUACUAUCGAGCGAUUUAUAGCGAUACGCUAUCCGCUCAAAAGACAAACAUUCUGCACCGAGUCGCUGGCCAAGAAGGUAAUAGCAGCCGUCGCGCUCUUCUGCCUGCUGACUACGCUCUCGACGGCGUUCGAGCACACAUAUGACAUCAAUUGGAAAUUGAUUGACGGCGCCUAUAGGCCCUGCAAUCUGACGCUGGCAAAUGUGUCGCCCAUGCCAACGUCCACGCCCACGCCCACGCCCACGCCCACGCACACACCGGUGACCACCGCUUGGCAUAUAGAGCAGCCAGCAAGCAAUCCAGCCACGUCUCGCUUUCUGCAGCCUUUCGAUUUGAGCAGCGACAGUGGCAGCGGCGCCGGUGAGCCAGACCACAUUCCAAGCAGGCAUCGCCGGUUACCAGCAUUCACGUCCGCCUCUGUGGGCGUGACUGCGGCAGCCACUGAGCCGACAACAGCGGCGGCCACUGCGAGCUUGUUGCAGUUGUCACGUGCCAGACGCAGCGAGGACAACUACAACAACGACGCCAGCAACAGCAGCAACAAUAGCGCAUUCGCAUUUAACAUUACGGAAUACUGUCAAAACAUGACUGUCUACACCAAUGGGCUAUCGAGUCUGGGCCAAAAUGCGCUCUACUUUAAUAUCUGGAGUGUGUAUACGCUGAUUGUGUUUGUGCUGCUGCCGCUGUUUGUGCUGGCCACCUUCAACUGCUUUCUCAUUCUGCUUGUGCAUCGGUCGAAGAGUCUGCGCGGCGAUCUGACCAAUGCCAGCAGCAUCAGGCGCACUAAGCGCAAGACGAACUCGGGCCUAACGGGCAGCGUAUCGCAGGAGAACCGAGUGACCAUCACGCUGAUUGCCGUCGUCCUGCUGUUCAUCGUCUGCCAGCUGCCGUGGGCCAUCUACCUGAUACUGGUGCAGUACAUGGAGAUCGAGAUGAAUAUACAGAGGAUUGCGGGCAACGUGUGCAAUCUGCUGGUGGCCAUCAAUGCGGCGGCCAAUUUUUUCUUAUAUUGCGUGCUGUCGGACAAGUAUCGCAAGACGGUGCGUGAGCUCGUCACGGGCUAUCGCUAUCGUCAUCGGCAUGCACGCAACAACAUCAGCCUCUACGUGCCACACACGAGCACCACGCUCAACGGCGACGGCGCCAGCAGUGUCGGCAGCGGCGGCGGCUAUAACGCCUACAGCGGUGCCAGCAGUCGACGUUGUCGUGGCAAAGCGGCGGUUGCGAGGCGCCUAAUUGCGUGAGUCACGAGGCGAUAGCAUUUCCUGCUCAUCGUUAUCGUUAUCGUUAUCGUUUUUGUUUUCCUCCUUAUAUAUACAUUAGAUAUAUCGUCUCUAAUUCUUUUUUUUUAUCAAAUUCACAAGCUGUACAAUCCUAAACUACUCUGUACUAGGCUAAGUCGAGCAAUAUAUGCCUAAAUAUUUUAACUUUAUAU